AUGGCUAUUACUGGAAAUAAGGAACCUAAUCUUAUAAUCAAGCAAAAGGCAUGUAUGAAUAGGCAGAAGCUAUGCAGAGAGAGAUCAAAGCCCUACAUGGUAUUUAACACAACUACCACCAGGAAAGACCCCCAAAGGUUCAAAGCUCGUUUAGUGGAAAAGGGAUACACUCAACAAGAGGGAAUUAAUUACCUGGACACCUUUUCUCUUGUGGCAAAGCUCACAACUGUUAGAUUGCUCAUUGCCCUUGCAGCCUCAAACAACUGGUUUCUACAUCAACUUGAUGUAGACAAUGUGUUUCUACAUGGGGACUUGAAUGAAGAGGUUUACAUGGAGCCACCACCUGGACUUGACAUCCAUGAAAAGGGACAGAGAACACCUAUAGGGUUUACUGCUUUGCUUGUAUAUGUUGAUGAUAUUGUAUUGACAGGAAACUCUAUGAUGGAAAUCAAUCAUAUAAAGGAUCUAUUGCACAGAAAAUUUCAAAUAAAGAACCUAGGAGAACUCAAAUACUUCAUAGAAUUGGAAGUGGCCAGAUCCAAAAAGGGAAUUCAUUUAUGUCAAAGAAAGUAUGCUUUGGACAUCCUUAAGGAAACAGUAAUGCUGGGGUGUAAGCGUUCCUCUACACCAUUCUUGAGUGACACAAGUCCACUAUACAAGAUGGACAACUACCUAGAAGAUCCUGGUCCCUACAAAAGACUAAUAGGGAAGUUGCUCUACCUCACCAAUACCAGACCAAAUCUGUGUUUUUUCAUUAAUCUACCUAGUCAAUUUAUGCAAUCUCCCACUAACUAUCAUCAUUGGGCUGUUCAACAUAUCCUUAGGUACAUAAAAUCAAAGCCCUUAGAAGGAUUAUUUUUUGUUGCUGACUCCCCAUUGCAUCUAAAGGCCUUUAGCGACUCAGAUUGGGCAACGUGUCCAAAUAUUCGAAGAUCAACUACAGGAUUUUGCGUUUUUCUUGGUUCAUCCCUUAUUUCCUAG